AGUUUAUGGUAGUUAGGCAAAACUAAACCGGAUAUAGCAUUUUAUGAUUGAAAGAAUGUUCCAUUUUAGAAAAAAAAUAUUAGUAGAUGCUACAGAACGCAUAUGCAGAUAGUUUGAUAUUUUAAACUUAUACAUCAAAACAACAAAGAAAAUAGCCAUAUUGAAAACAGGCUUUUACUUAAAACUUACUUAGUCGUUUAAAACUACUUAAUUGUUUUACUUUGAAACCCGUACCGGAAUUUAUUUUGUCCUAUUGUGACAGACUUGACACACGGAUCUUCGCACUAGCUUUGGUCUGACGGUUAGUAAUAUGAAAAUGUCACUGAAAAUUUCAUGACAGAAGUUACAUGACAGAAAGUAUUUGGACGUAUUGGUAAUCUGUCAGACUACAUUUUAGGACGACGUAAUGCUACCGCCUGUUUGAGACCUGUACAAACUGCAUUAGCUAGUUGGCGCUGACAAGCUAACUAAAAACAAAUAACAUAACAACAAAUAUCAUCAAAACAACCACAAAACUUUUCUCUCUUGUCAUGGAUGAGGAUUUCCUGCUCGCUAUUCGGCUGCAGGAGCAGUUUGAUCAGGAAUACCAGGCUUUAUUAUCUUCAUCAAGUGGUACUGUAGAUGAUAGUUUCGGGCAGAGCAGUAAGAAACGGAGAGUGGAGGUAGCUGGAGGUGGUAGCGGUGUUGUUCCCUACUGGAAACCGAAUCCCCAGCUUGAGAGGCCAAUGUCCAUUGUGGACGAGUCCUGGGAGAUGCUUGACCCUAACCCCGACGUCAGGGCUAUGUUUCUGGAGUUCAAUGACAUGUUCUUCUGGGGUAAACUUAGCGGUGUGGAGGUGAAGUGGAGCUCGAGAAUGACGUUGUGUGCUGGAGUUUGUUCUUAUGAGGGUCGAGGUGGACUGUGUUCAAUCAGGCUGAGUGAGCCUCUGCUGAAGCUUAGACCCAGAAAAGACCUGGUAGAGACCCUUCUCCAUGAAAUGAUUCACGCGCUCCUGUUUGUGACACAAAAUAACCGGGACAGAGAUGGCCACGGACCUGAGUUCUGCAAACACAUGAACCGGAUCAACAAAGCCAGUGGGACCAAGAUCACUAUCUACCACAGCUUCCACGAUGAGGUUGAUGUGUACCGGCAGCACUGGUGGCGGUGUGAUGGGCCCUGCCAGAAGCGUAAACCCUACUUUGGCUACGUGAAGAGGGCCAUGAAUAGAGCUCCUUCUUCUCUGGACCCUUGGUGGGAGGAUCACCAGAGAACAUGUGGUGGCACAUACACCAAAAUCAAGGAGCCUGAAGGAUAUGGCAAAAAAUGCAAAAAAAACAGCAAGACCUCAGAGAAGAAGGCCACAGGAAGUGGCAAGCCUUCAAGUACGACUACAGGUUCUGGAUCACAGGAUAUAAGGAACAUCAUCCCAUUUAGUGGGAAAGGCUUCAUCCUUGGGGGGAAGUCUCAGGACUCAACGUCUUCCUUGCCAUCUCCCAGGCCACCUCCCAGGCCACCACUUCCUGUUGUGAAAACACCAUUGUCCAACCCUGUCCCCUCCCCAAAGAAGUUCUUCACGCCAUCGUCCCCGACUAAAAGUGUCUCCUCUCCUGUUCACUCUAACAAGACCAAUGGGAUUUCCAACACUUUUACCUCAGUCAGACCAUCCACUUCCAUGGGGAAAAAGCCACCUGUAAAGAGGUCUGUCGGCAACGCGAGCCACUUUGUCAACAUAAACGGUUCACCAGUGAAAAUGCCAAAAUCCCAGAGCAGUAGUAGCAGCCAAGGAGGAGAUAAGAUCAAACAGAGUUCCAUUGACGACCUUUUUAAUAGCACAAGCCUCAGGAAGUCAGAGACCAAAAGAGACUCACUGAUAUCACCAAAGUCUUCCACAAAUGCUGCUUCUGCCUCCUCUAUAUUUCAAAAACAACAAAAUAAUCAUUUGACUUCCUCUCCCAGCACGCCCAGUCCCAGCCCUGACAUAACAAACCAUUCCAAGGUCUCAUCUGUAGUUACAACCGGAUCCCAGGGUAGCACUUCAAGACCUGUACAGUCCAAGUAUUUUACUAAUUCUGACAGUGACAGCACAUCAGCGGCUGUGGGUAGGAAUCAGACGCCAAGACAGAGGGCGUGGGAUGACCGCAGCAGCUCUGCCAGCAUCUUUGACUUCUUCCAGAAGACCUUAGGCAGCGAUUCAGCAACAUCGAAGGAAUCAAUUAAGGCAAAAUCACCAGAAGUGCUGCAGAGAACUACCAGUGCCACCACCACACCCUCCUCUUCUGCUUCUCUGCAGUCCUCAGCAGGACUGCACAGUGUUGCCUCCUCUUCUUCAUCCUCCUCCUCCUUUGCAGUGAUGGUCUGUUGUCCAGUGUGCCAAGCAAAGAUCCAGGAGUCAAAGAUCAAUGAGCAUCUUGAUUCCUGCCUCUCUUGAAUAAGGAGGUGAUAACUUUUAGAAAGUCAGAAUAAGUUUGAUGUUGCACUAAAACUUCUUAACUUUGGAUGUUCAAUAAAAUUUUAUCCUUGUUUGUUCAGUAAGACGUGGCAUAGUGAUUUUAAUGAUUUUUUUCUUUCUAUCACACUAUGAUUACUUCUGCGAUUUCACUGCAUGACUUUAUGUCUGCUGUAACAAAAUUCCUCACUGAACUGGACUGCAUUAGAAAACUAUGACAGCAGUGUUUUGCGGAAGAACGUCAGUGUGAUAUUACCGGUUAUGGUUUGAAUUCAGAAACCGUUUUGUCUUAGCCUGCAAAACCUAUUUUUGUCUCCUCUGGAAGUGGAUAUUAUUGAUUUGUGGUUCCUGCAGUGGGAUGUACCCCCACCCCCCAAACCUCAGGUCUGCAUCUGCUGCCCUUCAGACAACAGGAGACGCCGUCUGUUCUCUGCUGAUCUGAUCUGUAGGAGUCAGGUUUCGCACUUACUAGCUAUUUAUUUCUGCAGGUCAUCACAUUUGCACUGCACCCAGCCUUCGGGGUCAGGUGGUGCAAGGACAUUUGAAUUUACUCAGUAAAACACUUCACCAGUGAUAUCCUCAGUACAAGAAAUACUUGGAUGACUAAAACAUUACAGAUUUCUACCUGAAUAUUUUAUUCAUCUGUUUGGGUUUUAAUUGCCAAGUAAAAUAUUUUUAUUGGUCUGUUUGACUGAAUAUUUCAGUGUGGAGUGAAUUCAAUGCCAGUAUUCAACGGUUGUCUUGUGUAAUGAUUAAAUAUCCAGAAGAAAGUGGUCAAAAUCUAAACUUUGUACCCUUUGAGCUAAAUGCUUAUCAGGAAUAUUCUGUGCUUUUAGCACUGUGCUAACAUAUACUGAUUAGCAGUAAACAAUACAGAUGAGAUGUGAUGUAUUAUUUGCUUGAUGAUCAAGUGAUGAGAAGACUAGAUUAGUGUCUAGACUUAAGCCUGUAUUUGGACAUUGACUAUAAAAUGCAGUCAAUUUCUUUAUGAAUUUUCAAGAUUUUUCAGUGAAAACAAGAAAAGAAAAGUUUAAUCAUGUUAAGGUAGCAGAAACAUAAACCAAACCUUACAGGCUUCCCCACAGAAACCACUGAAGACCAAUUUAUGUGUCAACAAGUCAAUAUUUAAUCAAGCAUGUCUUAGAGUAAAUCAUAGAUUUAACCUGAUAGUUGUUUCCUCAGCCUACAUCAGACAAAUGUCCUUUUGACCAUUAUUAUAUUAAGAUCGCCAGUGAAAAUGUUUUAGUUUUGUAAGACUAACAUUAUUUACUUAAAUGCAGUUUACUUCAGAUCACUUUAACCAUCUGAUCAAAAGUACUCUGGAUAGUUUGGGUUUUUUUAAAUAGCACAAACGCUUUAGUCAUACUCAAGAGAGAGAACGGGAGACAGACAAGUGGGUGUAGCAGAGCUGGUGGGUAAGCAGAAAAACGGAGAAGAGGAUGGGGGCAGAGGUCAGGCAGCGUGAGGCCAGCUGCUGAUCAUGACUACGCCCUCCUGUUCCUGCAGGAAAGACUGGAGCAAUGCCAGGGGCGUCAACAAAGCAUGUCGGCAGCAGCAUGUCAAUUACCUCAGUCUGCUGCUGCAGCUUUAAUUGCCAUCUGGCUCCACAGGCACAGAGGAAAUACUGUUGGGAAAAAGGCAAGGGUGGAUUUUAUAUUUGAUUCUCAAAAAACUACUAUGCUUAAAUAUCUAAAAUCUUGUACUUGAAUGCACAACAGCUUCUACUGAAAAAUACGGUAAACUCUAUUCAUUGGGGUGAAGUUUGUUAUUGCCAAAUUACAGCUGACACUAAAAACACCACUGAAGAUGCAACUCUAUGCUUUUAGCUAUGUAAAAAUGAUAAAGAAAAUAUACAGUAGUUCAAACCAGACCAACCAACCAGAAUCAAGAAGAAAGGCAAUUUAAGCAACUUUGGAUGUGGUGCCAGAUGGUCUGGUCUGAGUAAUUCAGAAACUGUUUAUUUACGGGGAUUUUCCCACACAACCAUCUGAAGAGUUUAUAGAGAAUGGUUAGAAAAAGAGAAAAUAUCCAGUGGCAGAAAUGCUUUGUUGAUAACAGACAUAAAAGGAACAUGAUUCAAGCUGAUGUGAAGGCAAGAUUAUCUCAAAUAUGUUGUUUCAACCAAGAUAUGCAGAAAAGCAUCUGUGAACAUGCAAGACAUCCAACUUUGAGUGGUGACAGUAACAAAAAACCACACUGUGCACCACUCACGUCAGCUAAGACAUGAGUCUUAGCUGACAUAAGUGGCACAGGGUCACCAACAGAGGACAGGAAAAACAUUGCCGGUUCUGAUGAGACUUGGUUUCUGCUGUAAGAUUCAGAUGGUAGGGUCAGAAUUUGGCAUAAACAACAUGAAAUCGUGGCUCAAUCCUACUUUCAGACUGCUUCUGGUAAUGUAAAGGCGUGGGCAAUUUCUGGGCGCAUGACGCCUAUUUCCAGCAGGAUAACAUCAAAUGGCCUGGAAUCUGAUGUGGCAGAAUG